AUGGCUGGUACUGUGAGAUUCAUCCUCAUUGGCUGUCUGCUGCAAGGGGUCCUGAGCAGUCAAUUUCAGAUUCCAGCUAAAUAUGAGAAUGAUCUGCAGUCAGCAAAGGCAGUUUUGAUCCGUGGCAAAAAAUGGCAGGAUGGAAACCAUGUGUUUGAUUCCAAUAAGACUCAAUCAGAGAAUAGGAUUCAAGGAAGACUGAUUGGAGAUCUUCUUCAGAAGAACUGCACAAUUAUCAUGGACAGAUUGACCACAUCUUAUGCAGAUCAUUACAGCUUUAGGAUCGACAGCAUGGGUCCCCUUAAAUUCACUUUUAAUAAAACAGUUCCAAUCUUGGUCACAGACUCUCCACCCAAACCCAAGUUAACCCCAGAGAAGGUGGAGGUGACAGAAGGGACCUCUGUGAGUUUGACCUGCUCUGCUGCAGCCCCCUGUCCCAAACUCCCCCCAACUCUGACAUGGACCCCCAGACUGAGAAACAGUGUGGAUCAACUGCAGGAGAAUGAGGAUCAAACCAAAUCUGUGUCUUCUGUUCUGACCUUCACUGCUUCACACCUCCUCCAUGGGCAGAAGAUCAGCUGCACUGCACUUUACAAACUGCAGCAAGGAGACGGAGAGAAGAAGUCUGAACAGAGUCUGACUGUCAGUGUUCUGUAUCCUCCUAAAAGCACCUCUGCCUCAGUGAGUCCCUCUGGGUCAGUGAUGCUGGGCAGCUCUGUGACUCUGACCUGCAGCAGUAAUGCCAACCCACCAGUGCAGAGCUACACCUGGUAUAAAGUGAAUGGGAAAGAGAUGAAGACUGUAGGGUCUGGACAGAAUCUCACCUUCAAUGUGACUGAGCCCAGUGAUGGAGGACAGUACUACUGUGAAGCACAGAAUGACCAUGGGAGACAGAGGUCACCAGUGUUUGUGAAUACACAAACUGCAGAUUAUCCAGAGAAGCAGAGGUAA